AGGCUGUAACCAGCUGCUGGACGAGUCACAGGUGACCUUCACCUUCCCAGGACUGGCCAGUGCCACCAAGUGCAUCUGUCAACCCACACACCACCAGUUUGAGGAUCUCACCCCACAUCUUCUCCUUCCUACCCCCCCCAGGCAAGCCCAAGCUGCUGAUGUUCUACAUCCAACUUUCUUCGAGGCACUGCAAAGGAUCUCCUGUGGCAGCAGAAAGAAGAGGCUGCCCAACUCCACCACCACUGAGACACCUGAGGAAAUGCUUGGCACACAGCUGCCCUUGGAGAUCACUCAGAGCUUCAUCCAGAACCAGGACAGGAGCUACGAGCUGUUCCAGAGCCCCAAGAUGGAGGUGGAGACCAUCACCAAGACCUACAGCCACCUGGAGCAGCAGCCAUCCAGCCCCUGGAGCAAAACCUUCCUCAAAGUGGGGGGGGCAAACCAGCCCAUCCCCUCCCUUCACAGGCCAAGAGAACCAUCUCUCCCAGAAGAUUCUCCCCCCCAGUGUGGGACCAGGAGCCUGGAGCAAGACCCCUUUGGGACCUGCAGAAUCUGGGGCAGGACCCCCCCCCCCAAAGUGCUGCAUAAUUCCUCCCUGCUUAGCACUAAGGGGGGGGCCCAGCAAAAAAGAGUCCCCCCCCACUCAGAGACCAGUCCCCAGUGGUAA